AUGAAGGUGACCUUGUCGUGCGAUCACCGAGUGGUCGAUGGUGCGAUUGGCGCGAGGUGGCUCAAGAGCUUCAAGGCUUACCUCGAGGUGAGUGGAUCAGUGGAGGUGAUGAGCCCGAGGUGACCGAAUGCUGACCCUCCUAUGAAUUUGUAUUACGCAGUCUCCUCUCUCUUUCAUGCUGUAA